AGCCGAGCGGAGCGCGGUGGCCAUGCGGCUCGUGUGCGCAGCCGGGCCCCGGCCGGGCCGCUCGCCCGCGCUGCUGCUGCUGCUGCUGCCGCCGCUGCUGGGCACCUGCCUGGGGCUCGUCGGGGCGGCUCGCAGGCCCAACGUGCUGCUGCUGCUCACCGACGACCAAGACGCGGAGCUCGGCGGCAUGACACCGCUGAAGAAGACCAAGGCCCUCAUUGGAGAGAAGGGGAUGGCGUUCUCUAACGCUUACGUGCCCAGUGCUCUUUGCUGCCCCAGCAGGGCCAGCAUCCUGACUGGAAAGUACCCACACAACCAUCGCGUGGUGAACAACACUCUGCAGGGGAACUGUAGCAGCCAGGCCUGGCAGAAGAUCCAAGAGCCAAGCACGUUCCCAGCCAUCCUCAGGUCGGCGUGCGGCUACCAAACCUUUUUUGCUGGGAAGUAUUUAAAUGAGUACGGAGCCCCAGAUGCAGGAGGACUGGAGCAUGUCCCUCUGGGCUGGAGUUACUGGUAUGCCUUGGAGAAGAACUCUAAGUACUAUAACUACACCCUCUCUAUCAACGGGAAGGCACGGCAGCACGGGGAGAACUACAGCGUGGACUACCUGACCGAUGUUCUGGCCAACCUCUCCCUGGACUUCCUGGAUUACAAGUCCAACUCUGAGCCCUUCUUCAUGAUGAUCUCCACUCCGGCGCCGCACUCGCCCUGGACAGCCGCACCUCAGUACCAGAAGGCGUUCCAGAAUGUCUUCGCACCGAGAAACAAGAACUUCAACAUCCAUGGAACGAACAAGCACUGGCUGAUUAGGCAAGCCAAGACUCCAAUGACGAACUCUUCCAUCCAGUUCUUAGAUGAUGCGUUCAGAAGGAGGUGGCAAACCCUGCUCUCGGUUGACGACCUUGUGGAGAAGCUGGUCAAGAGAUUGGAUGGUACCGGCGAGCUGGACAACACGUACAUCUUCUACACCUCAGACAACGGCUACCACACAGGGCAGUUCUCUUUGCCAAUAGACAAGAGACAGCUGUAUGAGUUUGACAUCAAAGUCCCACUGUUGGUUCGAGGGCCUGGGAUCAAGCCAAACCAGACAAGCAAGAUGCUGGUCUCCAAUAUUGACUUGGGCCCCACGAUCUUGGACCUUGCCGGCUACGACCUGAAUAAGACACAGAUGGAUGGGUUGUCCUUGCUGCCCAUUCUGAAAGGGGCCAGUAACUUAACCUGGAGGUCAGACGUGCUGGUCGAGUAUCAAGGAGAAGGCCGGAACGUCACCGACCCGACCUGUCCUUCCUUGAGUCCCGGAGUGUCUCAAUGUUUCCCAGACUGUGUGUGUGAAGAUGCUUACAACAAUACCUAUGCUUGUGUGAGGACGCUGUCGUCACUGUGGAACCUACAGUAUUGCGAGUUUGAUGACCAGGAGGUGUUUGUCGAAGUCUAUAACAUAACUGCAGAUCCAGACCAAAUCACCAACAUUGCUAAAACCAUAGACCCGGAGCUUCUGGGGAAGAUGAACUAUCGGCUGAUGAUGCUCCAGUCCUGUUCCGGGCCAACCUGUCGCACUCCAGGGGUCUUUGACCCUGGAUACAGGUUUGACCUGCGUCUUAUGUUCAGCAAUCAUGGCAGCGUCAGAACGAGAAGGUUCUCGAAGCAUCCUCUGUAGUGACGGUGCUCGGCCUCUGCAGCUGGAUCCUCGAACACCCCUCUCUCACGAAGGGGUGGUAGGAGGAGCCCACGCCUGGAAGAGCCCUGGCCUGGCUGUUUCAAGCCCUGUUUGAAAAGUAACUUCCAGUACUGUGAAUCCAACCCUGUGUCAGAAGUGGCUGACCCUGUCUCUUCCUCAGAUGACCACCAACACUCCUGAGGUCUUCCCCGUCCCUUCAUCUUGGGUGGGCACAGUGUGCGAUCUCCCACGUGGUCGGUCAAGUCUGCAUCUGUAAAACUGUUGAGAUAUGGCAGUACUUUAGGGCACAAAGCAAAGGCCGUUUGGAAUGUAGCUAGCCCCAACUCAACAGCCCUGUAUAGCAUUUCAGACUGAGCCCCUUGCCAUCAAACACACACAGCCCUGAAACCAGCCGUUUGUGGAGAUGUAGAGAAAUGUUUAAAACAUCCAUCCUGCUGGAACAGCAAACAGGCUGUGUGGGGUCAGUCCCCUACCCCUAGCUAGAAGCUUCAGCGGCUCCAACCGUCGUGAGCUCUGAGAAGUCACGCCAAGGGUAGGGCAGCACGCUUCACCAGCGCCAGUGUGGAUCUGGCCCUUGGGUGAGCAGGUUGAAGGGCUGCACAUGGAAGUGCCUGUCCGGAGGGGGGGGGUCUCACGUGUUAGUGCCACAGACCACACCGUCAUCGUGACCAGCUGCCCUUGUCAUUUAAAAUACUACAGUGUCGUGGUUGUCAUGAACCAGCUAUUUCUCUCCCUCCCCCCCCCCUUCACGUAAGCUC